CACCAUUACAGAAGAUUGAGAAAAAGAAAGAGUAAAUUUUGGUUUGUUCUAGAAUUUUAUAAAAACUGUUUGGGUCUUGCAUAUAACAAUAUUUUGCCGAGAGAAUGUCGAAGAAUGUUGAGCAGAGAAUUGUCUGCGGUCAGAAGACUCGGUGUGGUUAAAAAAGUUUUCCUUUACAUCCCUAUCUUUCUCAUCCCCCCAACCAAACAGAUUGCUCUGUCUGAUCAGCUCCCUUUGUUUCACUUGCACUACUCCAUCUAUUUGCGUGUUUCAGUGUGGAAUUUUCAAUCAACUUGGAAAAAGGUAUGAAUGAAGAGUAGUGAGAAUUGACAUGGGGAGGAACACUGCUGAAAUUGUCACAAAAGCAGGGGCUGAGGCUAUGAAGGAAGGUCAAUGCAAAAAAUCCCUCUUUGCUUCUAUAUACAAACCAACAAUAGAAGAUGGCAGACCAAGAAGUAUGGUUAUCAAGAAAGUACAUACCAUGAUUCCGCCUCACAUUAUUGCUGAAGCCAUAUCAACACUCCAUGGGGAUGGCCUAGAUCUGAGAUGGUCAGGCCCCAUUACACCAGCUGAAAGGGAAUAUGUUCAGCAAUAUGUGUUGGCAAAGUACCCACAUUAUGCCGGUCUUGUUGAAGGAGAAAAGUUCGACUACUCUAGCAUUUGCAUCAAUGAAGAAUCUCCUGAUCCGCUCACUCCUGAUGAUAAGAAAAAGUCACCAUGGGGCACCACUUUGAGGGAGUCCCCAUCACCAUUCUCUGGAAGCAAUCUUCCUGACUUGGACAGGACUCAGUUGGAGACAUCAAGGUUGCUUGACAUCCUCACCAAGAAAUCCUCCUUUCCCGGAAGCUUCAUCUCAAUCCCUGAGGUGCAAGCUCGAAACAAGGUCUUGAAGCACUGUGGAUUGCCUGAUGAUGAGUACCUUGUUCUCUUCACCCCAAACUAUAGAGACGCCAAGGUGUUGGUAGCGGAGAGCUAUCCAUUCUAUAGGGGGAACUACUACAUGACUGUUAUUGGAGGAGAUGAAGAAGAAGAAGAAGUCAUAAAGGACUUUGCCGGUUACAAGGAUUCCAAAGUGAUUGUGGCACCAGAGUCUUGGUUGGAUUUGAGGAUCAAGGGUUCACAACUAAGCCAGUAUUUCAGGAAGAAAAGCAAGCACAAGCUGAAAGGGCUCUUUUCUUAUCCAGCAUUUAUAAAUGGGAUUCAUCACUCACUGCAUUGGAUUUCAGAAGCUCACCGCAACUCAUGGCAUGUUCUUCUUGAUGCAACUGCACUGGUCAUUGGGGAGGACCACUUGAACCUCAUGCUCCACAGGCCUGACUUUGUUCUAUGUAGUCUGGACAACUCUCAUGGCCAGACUUCAAAGAUCACCUGCCUUCUGGUCAGGAAAAAAUCCUUCGAUACUACAAUGCCUCCACCACAGAUCAGUGAGUGAUGAGUACUAAAUGUAUCUUAUGUAAAAAUAUGUUAAACAGAUUUGAGCAGACACCCAUAAUCAGUUAAUUUUUUUAACUCUGAAAAAAGGGGAAUAUGAACAUCAGGGAAGGAGGUAUAAUUACUAAGUUCACCGAAAACUUCUGUGACUACGGAAAUUUAAUUGAUUGAAGCACAAUAAAAUCUUUUACUGUUGUCAGUCCAUGGACAUG